AGGAGAAGCUUUCUCGCGGUAUAUCUCGCGCUAUCCCACUAAAUCCAUAAGCGGCUGCAUUCGAAAAAUGGCUACCAUACAAGGUGUGGUCGGCAACAAGAAGUUGCGAAAGCUCGCCUGUCUGAUAGCGCUCUUCGGGAUUUUCUACGGGGAACUUCAGUUGUGGAGUAACGGUGCAAAGAAACAGCCAAGGUUCUUCAACGAGAAGUGGUACAACACGACACCCAUUUCUGAGUCUCUGAAGAACGACCAAGACCACAUAUGGCUCCUCGAAACAUCCUAUAGACGGAGACUCUACGCCAGGGAGGCCUGCAGUAUUGAGUCGGCUUGCCGACACAAUGCCGACUACACGGUGCAUCUGCUUUCUACAGGAAACAUCAGCUCCUCUGACUGUCCUUACCAUCGCCUACUUUCGAAAUUGCCGAAUUUUCGCUCGGCGUGGCUCAAUGCGAGUAAAGAGCUCGCGGGGACUCCGUUGGCCCCACUACAUGCCAAAGGCGGAGCGCUAAAUCGGAGUCUUCAUAAAGUGGUACAUCUGAGUGACUUUCUGCGCUAUGUCGUGCUCUGGAAGCGUGGCGGUGUAUAUUUGGAUACGGACGUGAUUGUAAUGAAGUCACUGAGAGGAAUAAGGAAUAGCAUCGUCUUCGAGAACAAAUAUGGGAAUGUGGCUAAUGGUAUACUAUUCUUCGAUAAGCAGCAUCCCGCGCUCGGAGCGCUCAUCGAUCAAUGCGCGCUCGCAUACAAUCCAGUUAUUCGGGUCACGUGUGGGCCCCUUUUGACGUCGCUGCUGGCUUCAGACGCCGUAUUUUCUCGACGUGUGAAUUUCCUUCAUCCCUCCACUUUCUUCGCCGUUUCAUAUACGUCCUGGAAAGCAUUGUACGAUCCCUCAAAAGUACAAGAGGUGCUGAGGGCAAUAACCAUCAGCCACGGCGUUCACGUUUGGAACAAGGCUGGCGAAGAGAAACAAGUGGUAGCCGGAUCCGGUUGUGCCGUAGACGUUCUCGCCCGUGCCCAUUGUCCGGAAGUCUACAAGUUAGCCUCCUCGGAGAGAUACUUUUGAAUAAACUUUAUGCAGAAAUUCUAGCCUACCUUGUGUAGGCGAAGGAAUGCCAUAGCAAUUAUUUCUUUUGAUACAUCCUCUCAUGACGAAUGCCUUGACACCCCUAUGGCCCCUUGUGCGAUGCUGGGAACGAUUGAACAGGAAAUGUGCACAUUAAAGCCCCCAUUGCAAUCAUCCGCCAAUAAAUGUCUUCUGCACUCAAAAA